CAGUGCAGGUUUCAUUAGUAGGAAUGUAGGGGUUGAAGAGGGUUUGUGAUUCUGUUAGUGUGUGUGACCGUGACAGAGAAGCAAGAAGAUCGUUUUGUAAUGCUGGGGUUGGAUGCAGGCAAUGUGAGGAGUACACAGGGAGAGCCUUGAGAAAGCGUGGCAUCUCACUGGCAAAUGUUAUCCCUGGAGUAGAAUUAGAGCUCUACAGGAAGUUAGCAGAGCUGUAGUAAAGUUUCAGCUUGAGGGGAUAGGAAGGCAACAGAGAAGACGGCUUACACAAGACGAUAGCCACAGCUGCUGAGGAAAAGGUGCCAGCUGGCAGAAACCUUGACUGAAAGAUAGAGAGAUAGAAAGCAAAGGAAACGAAAGACACAAGAGUAAAUAACCAGGUGGAGGAGGAUUGCUUGAUCCAAUACUAAACUCAUUACUGUACCACCAGGAGCCUCUCUGUGCCAGCACUAUGGGAAAGUCAGUCUCAAAGCAGUUUGCGGAGGAGGUGUUGAGGAGCCAUAAUGAGUACAGGAGGAGCCACCAGGCCCCCCCACUGAAGCUGAGCAGCAAGCUGAGCAGAGAGGCUGCCCGCUACGCUGAGAGUCUGGCCAGCACGCGCAUACUGAAGCACAGCGUGGAGUCCAGCAGGGGGAGCUGUGGAGAAAACCUAGCCUGGGCCUCAUAUGAUCAGCCUGGGAAGGAUGUGGCGGAUCGCUGGUAUGAUGAAGUGAAACAGUACAGCUUCAACAACCCUGGUUUCUCUUCCGGUACUGGCCACUUCACAGCCAUGGUUUGGAAGAGCACCACCAAGCUGGGCGUGGGCAAGGCCACCGCCUCAGACGGCUCUUCUUUUGUGGUGGCCCGCUACUUCCCAGCAGGGAAUGUCACCAACAAGGGACACUUUGACAGCAAUGUCUUGCCAGCCAAAACUACCACAGCUACCCCCUAAAGACUUACAUUUCACCUUAACGGGCUGAUUACCCGGGUCUACAGAGAGGGCAGCAUCAGGGAGGUUUGCCUGCCCUUAACCUAACCUUAGUGGGAAGGAAAGCCACCUAGGAUGUGAUAACGAGUUGCACUUCAAACAGUGGAUAAUGUGUUGAUGUGUGAAUAAAAUGUAGAAAGAUAAAUGCACUAAUGUUUUGUCUGUUGUAUCACUUACCAUUAGGUGAACCGUGUAUUUUUAACAUCCAGAUGCAUAUAUGCUAGAAUUAUAAGAAAAGUAUAAAGAGGAUUUCAUCCAGUGGAGGAAAGAUGUGGCCAUUGAGGAAUAAGGACUAUUUGUCUUCAUCAAAGCCAUGCUGAAAGCCACUGCUCUGAAGCAGAGCCUGUCCAAUAAGCACCUUACUAGGUGCGUGUUUAAAUAUUUUAACUUGCUUUAUACAAUAAAGAAGUUGUUUUGA